UUCUCUACAAUCUGGCAACCCAGACUCAAAGCGUGCACAUUGUCGGUUAGGGGAAUUCAGCGCACUUCCGGUUUAGCACUUCCUGCGUCCAGUCGCCACGAAGUGAUCGUUUACAGCACAUGGAUUCCACUUAGCACGGGUUCUCGACUCAACCGCUGCUGCGAUAGAUACCGCUCGGCCGAGCGUGACCUCCUCAUGUGCAUCAUCUUCUUCAAGUUCGACCCCAGGCCUGCGUCCAAAAACGCCUACAGGCUUAUUUUGGCGUCGAACAGAGAUGAGUUCUACAACAGGCCGUCCAAAGCUGCCGACUGGUGGGGCUGCGGCAAAGAAAUCCUCAGCGGAUUGGAUAUGGAGGAGGGGAAGGAAGGCGGAUCCUGGCUCGGCAUCAGUAAACGAGGCAAACUAACAGCGCUGACCAAUUACCUGGAACAUAAGAGCAACCCGGACGCCCUGGGCAGAGGGUUUUUAGUGUCAAAUUACAUGACCGAGAACGUGGACAGCUUCUCGUACCUGCGCAAGGUGUCAUCCGAGGGGCAGCUGUACAACGGCUUCAACCUCCUCACCGCCGAAUUCAGAGCCAGUGAGGACACGAUGUGUUACUAUGGAAACAGGGGCAGUCCGGAACCCGUGCGCCUCAAAGCGGCAGGAAUCUACGGUCUCAGUAACUCUCUGUUGGACACUCCUUGGAGGAAGAUGCAACGCGGGAAACAGCACUUUAGCAGUGUGGUGAAUAAAACACUGCCCCCUGAAGGCCUGGUCCAGGAACUGCUGCAAGUCCUGAACGACGAGGAACUAAACACACCUGACCACAUGCAGGAGAGCCAAGGUGAAGGCUUCAGCAAGGACUUGCUUAAACUUCUGUCCGCUGUGUGUGUGCGUGCGCCGGGUUACGGCACCAGGACGAACACCAUCAUCCUGAUCGACAGCGAAGAUAACGUCAGCUUCACCGAGCGCACCAUGCUGAACUGCGACGUCACCCAGUGGAGCACACGGUCCUUCCAGUUCAAGCUGCAGGAAUGAGCGCACCACACCCGCCGCCACUCGUGCCUUUCUUCACCAUUUCCAUUGAACUCUCACUCUCCGCUGAAGCGAGGGAUUUCUUCCAGCAAGCGUCUGUGUAGAGUUCCAUAAGACUCUGAAGUGUGAAGACCCCCGAGGCACCGUCACGUGGCUGAACCUGAACACGACGUCUGUGGUAGUGUUGAAUGUUGCACUAAAUGUCGUUUUUGGUCCAUUUUUUUUUUAAAUAACUACUAUCGAUCAGUAUUGAUGUAAGACUUGAGUAGUGAUGUUGAAUAGGUUAGAAUUCUUUGAAGGCUAUCUGCCAAAGAAAACAGACUCUUUUUAAUUUGGAGACAUAAGUGAGUUUUGUUUUGAUUAGUGACCUGCUGUUUAAAAAAAAAAAAAAAAAAAAAAAAAAAAAAAAUCAGCUCACGUAUGGCACAACUCAGGAACUGCACAUGAUGUAUGGUGCUCCGAUCACCACAAUAAACUUUAUUUCAUCUUCCAUAAC